CCAAGCUUUGAGGAUUGCACUUCACUUUAGGAGGAGAGGGGUCAGUUAGAGCGGAACUGGGAGUCAGGACUCCUGGGGUUCCAUUCUUAGGAGUGGGGUCCAAUGGCUUAGAGAAGAGUUGGGACUGCACCAUUCUCUGCCAAAACAUGUGACCUAGGGAAAAUUAGGGAAGCAAGACACCUGCGUUCUGUGGUAGGAGAAGUGAUAAGUGCCCUAGCACUCCAAACACAGUUGCAACAUAGAGCUGGAUGCUUCUCAACAGUUUCCCAACUUCCAGUGGCCAACAGUGGUGUGGGAACAUAAGAACUGCAAAACCAAAUCAGCCCAGUGAAUCAGACUUCCCACCAGUGCUUCCUGCUUCAGAGGAAGGUUCAAGUCACCCUGCUGUCCUGCCUGCAGGACACAUUCCCCCACUGAACACCUGUCAGCAUUCUGCUCCCAUUCAUUUCCCUCAUACGUUCUUGCCACCUGCUUGAUUAGCCCCCGAAUGAACUGAAAUCCUUCCUGAACCUUUGGCCUGUAAUGGAAUCAUGUGGCCCUGAGUUCCACUGCCUAACUGUGUUUUCACUAUGUGCUGCUCAGUGGGGCAGAGGAAAAUACAUAGGGAGGCUCCCUUUUCCCUUUGUGUUCCAAUAGCUGCUCUCUGUCCUUCUGUGGUUUAAUAAAGGGAUGGCCCUCCCCUGGGGCCAGGCACUGUAGCCCCCCCCCGGCUUGAGCUAGGGUGCCCUGUUGUGCUGGGUGCUACACAAACCAUAACUCAGAUCAGGGCCCCUGUGGUACUAGGUGCUUCAAAUACAAAGUGAGAGAGAGUCCCUACUGGGAAGGGCAUACACACUGCUCACAGCAGUGUGGGUGUGUUACUCUAAAGCAAUCCCAGGGACUCGGCAGGUGCCUGAGCUGCCAUUGGGCCCUGAUGCAAAGGACUUCCUGCCCAAGACAAACACAAUGCAGAGCCCUGGAGCUGUUGAGCAAACAGUGCUCAGCGGCUGAGAGGAAGUGAAGUGUGGGAGGGAGGGAAACGCCCAGGGCUAGAGCAACGGGCUGGACUGAUUUGACAGGAGGCAUGCUGGCGAGGGAGACAGAGCCCAGGCUGGAUCCCUAUCAGUGCUAGAUGAGCUAACAGCUCCGGGAGCUUCGGACAGAGCCCACACCGGGAUCGGGCUCGCCAUGGCUGGGCUGAAGACAGCGAGCGGGGAUUACAUCGAUGCCUCCUGGGAGCUGAGAGUGGCUGUGGAGGAGCUGGGGCCCGAGGCUGAGCCCCUCACCCUGCGAGUCACCGGGGAUGUACACAUUGGGGGCAUCAUGCUGCAGAUUGUGGAUAAGAUCAAGGUGAAGCAGAACUGGUCAGACCAUGCACUCUGGUGGGAGCAGAAGAAACUCUGGCUGCUCAAGACCAACUGGACCCUGGAUAAGUACGGGCUGCAGGCAGAUGCUCGUCUCCGGUACACACCUCAGCACAAGCCUGUGCGGCUGCAGCUGCCCAACCGGCGGAUGAUCCGCGUCCACGCCAGCUUCUCUGAGCCCGUCUUCCGUGCUGUGGCUGGCAUCUGCCGGGUGCUGAGUAUCCGGCAUGCCGAGGAGCUGUCACUGCUGCGGGCGCCUGAGGAGAAGGACAAGAAGAAGCGGAAGGGGCCGGUGCUGGGGACAGAGGAUGAUUUUGACCUCAGCGGGGUGGUGCUGCCAGCCAGCGCGGAGCAGCAGCCGUUCCGGGGGAUGCCGGCCCAUUUCUCGGACAGCCCCACCACCGAGGCCUGUUACCGGAUGCUGUCAGUGAGCUGGACUGGCCUGAGCCCCGAGCACGUGCUGAAGAUGCCUCGGCCCAGCAACCUCAUGGAGAAGGCCCAGAUCAACAGCCGGUGGCUGAGCUCCUCGCGGUCACUGAUGCAGCAGGACGUGCGGGAGAACGAGCAGCUCUGGCUGCGGUUCAAAUAUUACAGCUUCUUUGACCUGGAGCCCAAGUACGACGCAGUGCGCAUCACCCAGCUGUACGAGCAGGCACGCUGGGCCGUGCUGCUGGAGGAGACCGAAAGCACCGAGGAGGAGAUGAUGGUCUUCGCUGCGCUGCAGUAUCACAUCAACAAGCUCUCACUGAGUGCUGACCCCACGGAGCCAGCCAGGGAGCAAGGCCUGGAUGACCUGGACUCAGCCCUGUCCAACCUCCAGGUCAAGCUGGAGGGGGGGACAUCAACCUCGGACAUGCUGGAAAAUCUCACCACCAUCCCUGAGCUGAAGGAUUAUCUCCGGAUAUUCAGGCCCCGCAAGCUGACGCUGAAGGGCUACAAGCAGUACUGGGUAAUGUUCAAAGAGACCUCCAUCUCCUACUACAAGAGCCGUGAGGAGGCCCUGGGUGAGCCCGUACAGCAGCUCAGUCUCAAGGGCUGUGAGGUGGUACCGGAUGUCAACGUCUCAAGCCAAAAGUUCUGCAUCAAACUGCUGGUGCCCUCUCCGGAGGGGAUGAGUGAAGUGUACCUGCGCUGUGAGGACGAGCAGCAGUAUGCCCGCUGGAUGGCAGGGUGCCGGCUGGCAGCCAAAGGCCGGACCAUGGCAGACAGCACUUAUCAGUCUGAGGUGCAGAAUAUCCUGUCCUUCCUGCAGCUGCAGAGAGCCAGUCCUGACGCGCCCGUGGCCCCCGAUGCCGAGGCCAUAGGCACCCAGUGGCUGGUGUCCCCGCGCUACCAGAAGAAAUUCAAGCCCAAACAAUUAACCCCGCGCAUCCUGGAGGCCCAUCAGAAUGUGGCCCAGCUCUCACUCACCGAGGCCAAGAUGAGGUUUAUCCAGGCCUGGCAAUCACUGCCUGAUUUCGGCAUCUCCUACUUUGUGGUCAGGUUCAAGGGCAGUAGGAAGGAUGAGAUCCUGGGCAUCGCCAAUAAUCGUCUGAUCCGAAUUGACCUGGGCGUGGGAGACAUGGUGAAAACCUGGCGGUAUAGCAACAUGCGCCAGUGGAAUGUCAACUGGGACAUCCGUCAGGUGGCGAUUGAGUUUGAUGAGCACAUCAAUGUGGCGUUCAGCUGUGUGUCGGCCAGGUGCAAUAUCGUGCACGAGUACAUCGGGGGGUACAUCUUCCUGUCCACCCGCUCCACCGACAAGGGCCGGGGCCUCGAUGAGGAGCUUUUCUACAAGCUGACAGGGGGCCACGAGGCCCUGUGAGCACUCAGCACUGUUCCUAUCCCCUGCUGGGUACCAGGGGGCAGCAGGGACCAACAUUGGCCCCGCCAACAGGGAGGGAGCAGCCCUCACCCACCCAUCCCAACCACCUAUCCCCAACAUACCCACCCAACACAGUCCCCUACCCCCAUUCCCUCCUACCCACAACACAGCCCACCAAUCCCUACACACACAUUCCCAAGCCACUCCCCCCAUGCUCCACAACCCCAGUCUCCACUUUUCCAUACACACUCAGCUAACCAACCCAGCCAGCCCAACACUUGCUACUCCUCAAAUUAUCUACACACCAUGACAACACCACCCCGCAAUGGCCUACACAACCCCAGCCCAAGCCACCCCUUAAUCCACCCAUCCCUUCUCGUGCUCCCUGCCACCCCAGCACUCCUGCAUGUGCUCUAUGGGAGGAGGAGUACAGGUCCCCAGCCAGCACGCCUUACCCCAGCGGUGGGCGGGGGGAGCGCGCGGGGAAGCAAGGCAAGCAAAUCCAGAAGAGAGAUGGUUAAAGAGCCUGCAGCAGAUGGAACAAUAGGGAUUUUAUUUUACACUGCUCUCUCCUGCCUGAUUCUCCUCCAUGCCAUGGCCCUGGACCCUGUGAGAGUCACUCGAGGGGUAGCAAACGCCCUGAAAGAGAGAAGGAUUCAGAAAUGGGUUGGCAGAAUUUGGCUUUCCUGAACCUGCCUGCCCUUGCCAACUAUGCCAGGGAAUAACAGGACCCUCCACCCUCCAUCGGCUCAUGGGCACUUCUCUGCCACUCCCUGGGAACGGAUCAAAACCAGAGCUACGUGGAUUCUGCCACGAGCUGCCAGCCGGGCACGUCAACUGGGACUGCAAACACAGAGUAAUAAACCAAGCUCUCACCA